UUAUGGGGCGGCGAUGUUUUUCUUUUUUUUCUUUUCCACCGAUAACGAGACGUCGCGUUUGGAGAAGCUGUAACACCUGCAGGAGGACGCAGAUUUCCGCCAGCAUUAUUUUGCAUACAUUUUAAGAUCUCUGAAACCUGAAGGGUUUGUAGGAAGUUCAGCAGGCUGAGAUGGUCCAGAACAGUGUGAUGAGCGCCGCGGAGGACGUGGCGGAUCAGUUCCUGCGAGUGACGAAGCAGUACCUUCCCCACGUAGCGAGAUUGUGUCUGAUCAGCACCUUCCUCGAAGACGGUAUCAGGAUGUGGUUCCAGUGGAGCGAGCAGAAAGAGUACAUCGAGGGCUCGUGGGGGUGUGGCUAUUUCCUUGCAUCGCUCUUCGUCCUAAUAAACUUACUGGGACAGCUAGGCGGUUGUGUGUUGAUCCUGAGCAGGAAUUUUGUGGAGUAUGCCUGUUUUGGAUUAUUUGGAAUCAUCGGACUGCAGACUAUUGCCUACAGCAUUUUGUGGGACCCGAAGUUUUUGAUGAGGAACUUGGCACUGGGAGGUGGCUUGCUCUUGCUGCUGGCCGAGUCGCGUUCCGAAGGCCGUAGCAUGUUCGCUGGUGUGCCCACGGUGCGAGAAAGCUCUCCUAAGCAGUACAUGCAGCUUGGAGGACGCGUGUUACUCGUGCUCAUGUUCAUGACCCUGCUCCACUUUGAUGCCAACUUUCUCUCUAUCUUACAAAACCUGGUGGGCACAGCUCUAAUAAUCUUGGUGGCCAUUGGGUUCAAGACGAAGCUAGCGGCCCUCACUCUGGUGGUGUGGCUCUUGAUCAUCAACUUCUAUUUCAACGCCUUCUGGACCAUUCCAGCUUACAGGCCCAUGCAUGACUUCCUCAAGUACGACUUCUUCCAGACCACCUCCGUGAUCGGAGGUCUGCUGCUCGUGGUAGCCCGGGGUCCUGGUGGGGUCUCCAUGGACGAGAAGAAGAAGGAGUGGUGAGACUGGGCAACCCUCAGAUGGCUCUUGCGCUCACUUUGUAGCUUGUGCUCAGCAUUAGUUUCCUGCAGCAUUUUCCCUCAAAGCGAGUGCACUAUAUAUGGAGUGAUGAGCAGUUUGAGACCAAGCCUGUAAUGAAGGAACCCUGAAACCAUCACCAUGACUCACUCUUUAUUUCUGCAGCCCAAGCACUGUCUCACUUUUUUUAUGGUUUCAGUGUGUUUUCUUCAUUUCUACAGGCACUUUUAGGCGUUAUAUUUUUUUUGUUCUAUUUAUUAGCAACAAAUAAGGCCAGAACCUUUUGGGGUUUUUUUUUUCUUCUUCUCCCAUUCCUGUUUUUAACAUUAAAGGUCUGGUAUAUUAUUAUGACAUUUUUAAUCAAUCCUAGAAUUCUGUUUGUGGUGCCAAUCUGGAGUCCACUGACCAAAGAAACAUUCCAUUUUGUACCUUUUUAUUUUUAUAUUCAAACAACUGUGGCUGCUCUGGUGUUAUCUGAGCUCUGUUAUAGUUGAAAUAUAUUAUACAGAAUCUAUAAUAACAUCAAGGUUGGCCCUGUAAAGAUCUACAGUAAGAUCUACAGUAGCUGUUUAUGAAUGUAUAUCAUAAGUGUGCUGAUUUGAAUUGAAUAGUUACAUUGUGUGGAGCUCGGUGAGUACGGUGGCUGAGAUGGUCAACAUUACAGCUCAGGAGUAUAACCAGCAAGAGAUUAGCAUAAGUUCAAUCGCAAUUUGUGAAUUCUGUUAUUUAAAAAAGAAAAGAAAAGAAGAACUUUUAACUGUCAUUGACCACCUUUAAUGGCCUUUUAGAAUCUUUUUAUUUUAAUACAAAAUUAUUAUUAUUUCACGCCAUUCCAAUAUAAAUUUGUCGAUUUACUAUAUCACAAAUUGGCCUUGUUCAUUGUGUGUAAACUGUCGUCAGGUCACUAAAGUUUACAGUAGCUGAUAGUAUUUUUUAAAACAAGCAAAGCAGGAAUUCAAAAGAAAUGAAACCCUGUUAUUUGUCACGCAGUGUUUUUCCUCUUUGUAUGAAAAAAAAGUUCCCGAAAAUGUUGGUUUUCUAAAUGUCUCAAGUGUCUCAUAUAUGUUUUGAUAAAAUGGAAAAAUAAAAAAAGCAACCGGUGA